GAAUGUAGUGCAGGAGUUCCUCCGUCGUGAUGAACCAGCUGUGAGCAGCAUCUCGCCGAGGACGCACUGUGUUCUGCUGCCGUGCGUCGCAUUCUGCACAGACAACGUAGCCGAGAACAAACAGCGCCUUUCAGCCCAGGAGGAUAUACAAAUAUAACCAUUUUUUUAACCAUUUUUUCCAUGUUGCGUCGCCUGUCAAAGAAUAUCCCUGCUACACGUAUGUGGGGAUCUCUAUAGCGUUUGUAACACUGUCAUCCUGACUGACUGGAAGUUCUUCACAAGUCUGGAAGGGCGACACACUGGCACAGGGUGUGCAGACUUCUUUGUGCAGUCAGCCAAGCAAAUUGUCGUUAACAGAACAGUUACUAAAGUAAUUUGUGAGUUGACCUAUUUUCUGUUUUCCGAGAGCUAUUAAACCACGCACGGUGAAUGAGGCAUGCUUUGACCGUGUGUAAAUCCUUUAAAAAGGGGUUUGCACUGGUGAGGAGUGACACUAUUCAUGAUGAUUACACACAGCACAGGAGUGUAAGUACACGGUUCUGCACAGUCUAAAGUCUGGUUAAUAAUGGAUGGAGGUGGACGCACGCGUCGAUGCACUUGGCUAAAGUAUCCUGCGAGGGCUUCCCGGGACCUGAUGCACACAUACUUGGGAUUAAUUGUUGUGGUUCACCUGGUGCUCAUCGCCGAGGCCUCGGGGUCUCCAAAGCCCUGCGAGAAGGACUGCUUCUCGGGGAAAUGCAUCAACGGAUCGUGCGUGUGUGACCACGGAUGGGUCGGGGACCAGUGUCAGCAUUGUCAGGGGAGAUUCAAGCUGACAGAGCCGUCGGGAUCCCUCACAGAUGGACCAAUCAACUACAAGUACAAGACUAAGUGCACCUGGUUGAUAGAGGGCUAUCCUAACGCGGUUCUGCGGCUGCGCUUCAACCACUUUGCCACAGAGUGCAGCUGGGAUCACAUGUAUAUCUACGACGGAGACUCGGUCUUCUCCCCCAUGGUGGCCGUCUUCAGUGGCCUGGUAGUUCCGGACAGCGUAGGGAACGAGACGGUACCGGAGGUGGUGACCACGUCCGGCUACGCUCUGCUCCACUUCUUCAGCGAUGCCGCCUACAACCUGACCGGCUUCAACAUCGCCUACUCUAUAAACUCGUGUCCCAACAACUGCUCUGGCCACGGCCGCUGCAGCACGGCCAACUCCAUGUCGGGGCGGAUGUACUGUGAGUGUGAGGACUACUGGAAGGGCGAGGCGUGCCACGUGCCCUACUGCCGCCAGGACUGUGGCAGCCCGGGCCGCGGCUACUGCGACCUCACCGGGGAGAAGCUGUGUGUGUGCAAUGACAGCUGGCAGGGUCCAGACUGCUCUCUCCCCAUCCCGUCCACCGAGGCCUUCUGGGUGGUGCCCAGCGUGAAGCCCUCCCCCCAGUCCCUGGGCCGUGCCUCUCACCAGGCCCUGGUCCACUCCGGCCUCAUGUGGGUGGUGGGGGGCUACUCCUUCAACUACUCCUACUACCACAUGGUCAUCAAUUACAACCUGGAGACCAGCACGUGGGAAGCGGUGGCCGGUGCCAGUGGUCCACUGCCCCGAUACGGACACUCACUGGCGCUGCACCAGGGCGACAUUCACAUGUUUGGCGGGAAACUGGAGGGAGGGCCAUCCAACGUGACGGACGAGCUGUGGGUGUUCAACAUUCUCCAACGCACCUGGACGCUACGCCAACCGGCCCCGCCCCCGCCGCACGCCCAGGAGGGCCACUCGGCCCACCUGGUGGAGCUGGCCAGCGGCGAGCCGGUCAUGCUGGUGUUCUUCGGGUACUCACCUAUCUACAGCUACAUCAGCAAGGUCCAGGAGUACAACCUGCUGUCCAACUCGUGGCAGGUGGUCUCAACGGGAGGGGCGGUGGUCCAGGGGGGCUACGGCCACAGCAGUGUGUACGACCGGGCCAGUGGCUACGUGUUCCUCCACGGGGGCUACAAGAGCCUGAGCAGCAGCAAGUACGGCCUGGUAGACCACCUGUACCGCUACCACGUCCACUCACGUACCUGGCUGAUCCUCAGGGAGAGUGGUCAGGCGAGGUACCUCCACUCUGCGGUGCUCGUCAGCGGCACAAUGCUGGUGUUCGGCGGGAACACUCACAAUGACACGUCACUAAGCAACGGAGCCAAAUGCUUCUCUGCCGACUUCCUGGCCUAUGACAUAGCCUGCGAUAGCUGGAAAGUUCUCCCCAGGCCGGGUCUCCACAGGGAUGCCAACCGGUUUGGCCAUUCGGCUGUGGUGAAGAACGGCUCCGUGUUCAUCUUCGGGGGGUUCUCCGGGCUGCUUCUGAACGACUUGCUGGCCUACACCCCCCCCUCCUGCCUGGCAUGGGCUGACGCCGACGCCUGUGCCACCGCCGGGCCGGGAGUCCGCUGCCACUGGGUCAAAGGUCAAUGUGUCCCCUGGGAGCCCCACCUGGCCGCCGACGUGGUGCCCGCCCCCUUCUGCCCCCUGCGCCCGGAAAGCACAGACGAGCAGUGUUUCCGCUUCUCCGACUGCGCCAGCUGCACUGCCAACACAUGGUUAUGUCAGUGGUGUGAAGACAGGAAGUGCAUGUCUGCCUCCAACAACUGCACUGUGCUAACUCUGGAGUUGGCGCGGCAGCAUGUGGGUGCCCUGGCUCUGGCCCCGCCCCCCUCCAUGCUGUCGGAGCAUCAGCUGAGCCUGUGGAAGCACGGCGCCCGCAGGCGGGGACAUUCCAUUGUAGACACGUCCAGGUGCUCUCAGAAGGAGGAGCAGGAGUGCUCCCGCUCGGCAAACUGCAGGAGCUGCCUGCUCAACCUCAACUGUCAGUGGGACCAGCAACAGCAGGAGUGCCACGUCCUGCCAGGUCAGCUCUGCGGGGAGGACUGGCAGCACAUCGGGGAGGUCUGUCUAAGGAUCAACUCGAGCAGGGACAGCUACGACAAUGCCCAGCACUACUGUAAGAACCUGGGUGGAAACAUUGCCUCUCUGAUCACAGAGAAACAGGUGGACUUUGUCCUGGAGGAACUGCACAAAUAUCAUCUACAGGGCAAGACGCUGUCCCCCUGGGUGGGCCUGAGGAAGAUCAACGUGUCGUACUGGGGCUGGGAGGACUCAACCGCCUUCACCAACACCAGCCUGCGCUGGCUCCCCAGGGAGCCCAGCGACUCGGGCUUCUGCGCCUCCUUGGAGCGGGCGCACGCCGCCGGCCUCAAGGCCAACCCCUGCACCGCGCCCACCGACGGCCUCAUCUGCGAGAAGCCCGCCCUGAUUGCCCAGAGCCUGAGGUCGCGGUCCUGCCGGACGCCAUGCGCCCGCCGCUCCAGCUGUGCUAACUGCACCAGCCAGGGCAUGGAGUGCAUGUGGUGCAGCAGCACGCAGCGCUGCGUGGACUCCAGUGCCUACGUGGUGUCCUUCCCCUACGGACAGUGUUUGGAGUGGCAGACCCAGGACUGCGCUGCCCAGAACUGCUCGGGCCUGCGGACUUGCAGGGACUGCCUGGGUCAGGUGGAGUGUGGCUGGUGCCGUGACCCCAGCGACACAGGCCGGGGCGUCUGCAUGGAGGGCUCGUAUCGCGGGCCCCUGAAGCAGCUCACCCGGGCCGGGCCCCGCGACCGAGACAAGGAGCGUCCCGGGGACCGGGGCAUGGUGCUGGACCAGACCAUGUGCGCGGCGGACAGGGAGUUCAGCUGGUCAUUCAUCCAGUGUCCCGCAUGCCAGUGUAAUGGCCACAGCAGGUGUGUGAACAGCAGUGUGUGCGAGCAAUGCGGGAACCUCACUGCUGGGACCCACUGCCAGGCCUGCAUGCCCGGUUACUAUGGCGACCCCACCAACGGAGGCAAGUGUAACGCAUGUAAGUGUCACAACCAUGCCAACAUGUGCCACGUCAACACAGGGAAGUGCUUCUGCACCACAAAAGGCAUCAAGGGAGAGCAAUGCCAACUGUGUGACUCAGAAAACCGUUACCUAGGUAACCCCCUGCGUGGAACCUGUUAUUACAACCUGCUGAUCGACUACCAGUUUACCUUCAGCUUGCUUCAGGACGACGACCACCACUACACCGCCAUUAACUUCAUGGCUACCCCUGAACAGGCCAACAAGAACCUGGACAUGUCCAUCAACGCCUCCAACAACUUCAACCUGAACAUUACCUGGUCCUUGAGCUCCACAGCCGGGACCAUUUCCGGCGAGGAGAUGCCCAUCGUGGCCCGGAGCAACAUCAAGGAGCACCGCGACAGCUUCUCCUGUGAGAAGUUCAACUUCAGACACCACCACAACAUCACCUUCUACGUCUACGUCUCCAACUUCAGCUGGCCUAUCAAGAUCCAGAUUGCCUUCUCCCAGCACAACAGCAUCAUGGAUCUGGUGCAGUUCUUUGUGACCUUCUUCAGCUGUUUCCUGUCCCUUCUGCUGGUGGCGGCCGUGGUCUGGAAGGUCAAACAGACGUGCUGGGCGUCGCGGCGACGAGAGCAGCUAAUGAGAGAGCGGCAGCAGAUGGCCAGCCGGCCCUUUGCCUCCGUCUCCAUGUUGGUUGAAGUGGGAGGGGAACAGGAAGAGCUCCUGCAGUUCCUGCCUAAGCCCAUAGCUAUUGAACCAUGCUGGGGGAGCCGAGCCAGUGUCCUGACCGUCCUCCUCUACCUCCCAAGACUACCUUCAGGAAUACCUCCACCUGGACAAUCUGGCAUGGCCAUUGCCAGCGCCCUGGCGGACACGACCCAGCAGAGAGCCCUGGAGCUCAAGGACCGAGGCCUGAAGCACCGCAAGCACUACACAGGGCACCACCAGGGGACCUGCGUAUGAGCCCAGCGCCUCACCGGGACCCCCCCCCCCCCGCCCCCCCCCCGAGACGCCGUCGACCUUGGUGAUUGUUUCGCCGGACUUAAAACAUUUUGAAACAGGGGAUGUUCCGUUCAGACUCUUGUUGGAUCCCGAGGCGGCGGGACGUUGCUCCAGAUUAAGGAUGUCACUGCUAACUAACCAACUAACUAACGCAUCGGCGCGCACUGGUCUCACAAUCCCCACCUGCUGGUCCCUUCUUUGAUUCCUCCUCCAACGAUGUGCGCAUGCUGUUGGCAGCAGCCAUCAAAGACAUUGAAAUGAAUGUAUGUCAGAGUGUAGAUGCCGUGUGCGUGUCUCCCCCAACAGAUACGGCGUGUAACCAUUAAAGCAUUCCUCCAACCCAGGAUUCCUCUCCACGGUGUCCAGGGACUUAACACAUGAUUAUCAGGUGGCCCACCACAUACAUACACGUGGAACCAAAAUAGAUUUUCUACAGUGACAAACCAAACAGUACUGGGCUAAGCUUGAGAGGCAGUGGAUAAUUUGAGGGAGAACUAAAUGGGAAAAAAGUUGAAAUGCACAGUACAGCGGUGAACACUGCAAUGGAAUCUUAUCAUGUGGCUGUCACAUGACCAUACAGAUUGCGCGCAGACAAAUGUCUUUACAUGUUUUUUGUUUUGUUUCUUGGCAUCAUUUAUAGCUGUCAACAUUUUAUAGCUGUUAUUAAUGUGAGACUGUUAAUCUGCAUCUUGUUACGGGAAUUAUUGGAUGUGAUUGAUUACUGCCUAGAUUUGUAGUGGUUUAUGUUUUCGUUUUCUUCCCGGAUCCCUUCCUGCACUGAUGUUGGUCAAGGUGUGGACGGUAAGCUCAGGUGUUCUGCUGUCUCCUACCCAUGGGGGCUGCUCUGCCUCGUUGGAAAUCCAUAUGCACUGAGUUUCUUCAACCACCGAGUUUCACCCCUCUUUGUGGGACGAUAUUAUGCAACACAUCAACCAUCGUAUGUUACAUUGUGUGUUAGUAUAAGCUGUGAUGUAGCAUCGGUAGAGGAGUGCGUUACAGACGGUUAUCAUCUUCAUACGUAUAAAGUGAUGGCAGUGGAGCUACAGUGACUUGAGUUCUCUAUAGAGUGGCGAAGUCACGCCCCUUCCGGUAGAGCCCAUGGGACCUUUGAGAUCGAAAAAUAUGAAUGGGUUACAAUUGAGAGAAAGUAAUUAUCUUCUGGUCCCAAUCUUUAUAUGCCCCGGAUUACACAUAUGUUGUUAGUGGAUUUAAGUGAUAAUUUUUCACGUCAAGAGUUUGACCAUUUAUUGUGCAAUUGUUCAGUUAAAGGCUGUAGAGAAAACACAAUAAGAAAGACAACAGGUCUCGUGUGUGACGUCACGUUCCCUGCGACUGGCGUGGACAAGACCAACAAUCUCCCCAUCGGCAUAACUGAAACUCUCCACAUGCCCCGACUUAUAAUGUUUUUCACCUCUUUCGAUGCUUUUAUCCUCCCCUUAGAAAAAAGCGAUGAAGUUGAGCAGAGAGAUCGUCAUGUCUGUACCACAGUUCCAAGUGCGGGUGGUGAUGUAUAUCAUUCGGGUCGAGAGCAGCGAAGAGCUGUAGUUCACAAAGCGGCCUCACACAAAACCUUAUCAACCUUAUUAACAACAUUAUCAAACUUCUUCGCAAAUUUCUUUGUUUCUUUGCAUGAAAAAUUAUCAUUUAAAUCCAAAAACAACAUAUGUGUAAUCCAGGGCAUAUAAAGACUGGGACCAGAAAAUAAUUACUUUCUCUCCAUUGAAACCCAUUCAUAUUUUUCAAUCUCAUAGGUCCCAUGGUCUACCGGAAGGGGUGCGACUUCGCCACUCUAUAGUAUCCCCUUCAUUCCUCUUUGUGUCAUAUCAUAAGCCCCAUGGUUUUAACAUGUUUAUCUUAACUAAUGUGUUUAUUUAUUUAUCGCUUAUCAUUAUGCAAAGAAAUUAUAAUUUUUACAGAGUGUUUGCAAGUGCACUAGGCAUUUUUAUUCUGAAAAAAAACGGUUUUGAGUCUUUUCAAAGAGUGACAGUGCUUGUAGUAUUACUCGUUAUAAAGUUUAUGAUGUCAGGGUUUCAUUUACAUUGAACUCACAAAAAAAACAACAACACAGUAUGCAAAUUGUAGGAUUUGUGUGAUGUCGAAAGAUUACGUUACGUACGGCUGCAUCAUGCCUGUUUGCGUUCCCUAUCAUCUUGGUAAUCAACAGCAUGAGCAGCAACAGCAAAUUGCUGACGAUAUUCAACCAUAUGUAGAGGGCUCCAUCGAAAUCUGAUCGCUUCUGAUCAAGUGUCUGUAUAUUGGUGCCACAUGACCAACUGAACAACCAAUCAAACAAAAAACAACAACACCAUUACACCCAAUUAGUUACUUUUGUAAUCUAUGGGAACCAAUGGCAGCUCAGCACAUUGUUUGUAUGGUUACAACUCUUCAUUAAAUGUACAUUUACUAUUAAAACAUUUCCAAUGCCUGUCUA